AUGGCAAUGCUUGAUGUGCAGAACAUUCCAGUUGGUGAAAAAAUGCUCAGGUUACAAAGCAGUUUAGCUGGUAAGGCACUAACCUUGGUGAAAGAUUUGGGAUAUUCAAGCGCUGCAUGCGCAUAUGAACGAGCAAAGUCGAAGUUAGAGAAGAGGUAUGAGGGAGAGAGGCGACAACAAAUAAAGCAGCUUACAACUUUGCGUAAUUGGCCUAAGGUUCGGUCCCACAAUUUACAAGAAUUGGAAGAAUUUCAAGCCCUACUAGAGAGAAUUUUGAUCACUAUCAACAAUUGUGGAUCCUUACAAGAUCAAAGCCUGAACUUAUCAGCAAAAGAAAAGCUAACCGAACGGGAUUUUCAAACGUAUAAAUACUGGUUGAUAGACUAUGCUCGAGAAGAUUGCUUCGAAUCGCUGGUAGACUGGGUGGAACUCCGAGUACAAGUCAUGGAGGAAGCUAGAGGGGAGACUGAGGGAUUUGGUAAGAAGAAUAAGGAACGGGGAAACAAGAAUCCUCGUUUCCGAGGAUUCAACACACGAUUUUCAACCAGAUAUUGUAUUGUUAGCACAUGCAAACAAGACCAUCCACCAUGGGUUUGUGAUGCUUUCAAGAGACUCCCUGUAGAGAAGAGAAAGGAAUUAAUUUCAAAAAGCAUCCGUUGUUAUCGGUGCCUGGCAGCUGGGCAUCACAGCAAAGAUUGUCGUAAAGCAAGAAAAUGCGGAGUUGACGGAUGCCAGAGCAACAACCAUAGCAGUUAUAUUCAUGAAAGCACCCCACAGAAUGGAAACACAAAUGCUAGACAGCAGUUAGAACCAGAGGCGCCAACCUUCUAUGCAAGACAGCCACCAGCCCAAGAAGCAAGAACCGAACAGUCUGGUAGAAUGGACAUCAAUAACCAACAGAGAUCCGAAUCAUCCACGCAAGAGAGGACUCACAAAACGAGUGAGACUGAUAAUGUUUCAUUAAUGGUUCUUCCAGCCAUUAUUAGCGAUGGUCAGAAGAAGUUGAAAGUCAAUGUAAUGUUAGAUCCAUGUUCAACAAGUUCUUAUAUUUCGGAACAUGCUGCAGGAGAGCUGGAGCUGCAAGGGCAGUCGUUAAAUCUGACAAUUGCAGGAACAGGAGGAAAAGAGAUUCAGAAACGGUCAAGGUGUGUGAAACAAUCAGUGACUAGUCUCAAUGGGACAUUCACAGCACCUUUGCAAGCACACGUAUUAGACAACAUUGCCAGUGACACGCCAGCAAUUCAGUGGUCAGAAUUGAAAGAAAAAUGGCCACAUCUUCGCCAAGUCCCAUUUGAGAAUGUAUCCAGACGACUUUACAUUGACGUCAUGAUUGGCAGUGACCAUCCACUGUUUCAUUUGGUGUUAAAGGGAAUUCAUGGAAGUCGACAUAACGAUCCAAUAGCACGAUUGACAAACCUUGGCUGGGUAUGCUUUGGUCCUACAUUAGUGAAGGAAUUCCGCCAGAAAUCCCAGUCUCACUUUACUCUGACAUACCGCAGCAACCAAGUGAGCAAGCAACCACCAGCUGACGACAUUCUGAGAAAGUUCUGGGAAUUGAGUCAAUAGGGAUCAAAGAAGAAUCAGGCAAGCAGAUGACAGUCGAAGAAAAGGCAGCAAUGACAAAAGUGGCUGAGACCCUUACCUUUGAGAAUGGGCGAUACACGGUGGGAAUUCCAUGGAAAGAAGGCGAACCAAAGUUGGGAAACAGUUACGAAGCUGCUCUGGUGCGACUCAAAAGUCAGGAAAAAUCUCUAAAAAGAAAAGGCUUGGACAUUAUGAAAGUCUUUGAAGAGUAUGAGAAGAAAGAUUACACAAAGGAGGUACCGGAAUCCGAGACAAAGGAGCAAUGGUUCCUUCCGCAUUUCCCCGUUAUUAGGCUUGAUAAAGAUACGACGAAGAUCCGUGUGGUGUUCGAUGCUGCGAUGAAACACGAAGACAAAAGUUUGAAUGAUGCAAUACGACCAGGUUCCAAGCUGCAAAGAGAAGUUGUGGAUGUUCUUACACGUUUCCGUAGGGCGCCAGUAGCCCUUACUGCCGAUAUUUCCUUACUUUCUUGUCUCUGGGAACAAGACCGUCCAAAUCAUAGGUUCCUGUGGCGAGAUUUUGAUACAUUGAAAGAGUCUAACUUCUAUGAGUUUUCGCGAUUGUUGUUUGGCAACACGGCAUCACCAUUCUGCUCACAGUACGUUCUUCAUACUCAUGCACAAGCCCAUAAAACAGAAUAUCCGGAGGCAGCCGAAUCCGUUGACAAUUCCAUGUAUGUUGACGAUUUAUUAGACACUAGCGAAUCCGUGGAGAGUGCACAACAUUUGCAACGUCAAUUGUCCGACAUGUUAGCCAUAGCUGGAUUCAACUUGCGAAAGUGGUCAUCAAAUGAGGCAGCAGUAAUAGAAACCAUUCCCGUUGGCGAUCGUCUACCUGCAAUCGAGAUCAACAACGGAGAGCUUGCUAAAACCAAGACCUUAGGAGUUACGUGGGAAGCAGCGAGAGACGUUUUCCUAUUCCAAACCAAGCAACCUGAUAUGAGUGUCAAUCCUACCAAACGAAACGUUCUAAGUGCAAUAGCCGCCCUAUAUGACCCACGUCGCUUCCUGGCACCGUUCGUGAUCCGCGCCAAGAUUAUCAUGCAAGAAAUAUGGACAGCAGUGUUAGAUUGGGACGAUGUCUUAACUAGUAAUCUUAGCACGAAAUGGGAAAACUGGGUAUCUGAACUCUAGAGCUUAUCGUGCGACCGACGAUGUUUACGCCUACCAAACCCAAAGACGGUUGACCUACACCUCUUUCCAACGCAUUUAAAGAUGCUUAUGCCUCCGUUGCCUAUUUAGUUUGCCAGUACACCAACAACCCCUCUACUUCGCGUCUCAUUGCGUCAAAGAGCCGUGUGUCACCUUUGAAAGUGGCGAUAAUUCCCCGCCUAGAGCUAAUGGGAGCUGUUCUUUCAAGCCGUCUAGCCGCAAGUAUCUUAAACGUGUUAACUGUGGACAGAGUUAUCUAUUGGACAGACUCAGAGAAUGUGUAUUACUGGGUACGUAAACAGAGUCGCGAGUUUAAACCGUUCGUAGCUAAUCGAAUUGGGGAAAUUCAGCGUACAACAAGUCCAGAUUAACAGUGGCGGCACGUACCGGGGACGGAGAAUCCAGCAGAUUUACCAACCAGGGGCCGGUUGUUCAAAGGUGGGUUAGUGCUAACCCUCGGUUAAAAUUGAACCUGCUGUUUUAGUUUGUGUAUUUCUACACGUCUGUUUAUUUCAAAACUUCAGAAAAGAGAACUUCUACUGAAUCAGACAAGAUCUCUGAAGAAAUAUUUCCAAAUUUAUAUACAAGCUAUUGGGAAGUUUGCUUUGAAUUUUAAAUUAACCUAAGGUUAAGCUAACCCAGCUUUGAACAACUGGCACCAGAGGUUUAUCGGUGGCAGACCUUAGUGAGAACAAAUUUUGGAUGGAAGGACCAUCAUUCCUAAAAGACGGUGAAAUUGCCUGGCAACCACACCUCCUAGUAAAGACGUACAGAAAUCUGACCAGUGUGAAAGGCGAUCAACCACGAAGACAUAUUCAACUAAGAACUAUGAAUUUACUAGCAUUGAUCCUACACACUUCUCAAGCCUCAAACGUCUAUAUCGCGUGUGACGGGUUGGAUUAAGCGGUUCAUCGCCAAUUGUAAGACUCGUGGGAAAUCAGGACGAAACUAUGAAAGAACACUUUCUUCUGCUGAGAUCUCUGAUGCUGAGACGUUUUGGAUCAAACACACGCAAACAGAAACUUUUCCUAAAGGCAUAAAUGAAAAGUUCCUAGUCCAAUUAAACCCGACAAUAUGAUAAUGACCCGAUGAUAAUGACCUACUUCGUAUAAAUGGACGCUUACGUCUCGCUGAAGACAUCCCAUGCGACACAAAGUAUCCUAUCCUGCCAAAGAAUCACCAGCUGACACGCCUUGUAGUUCUUGAUGCACAUGAGACACUUGGCCAUGGGUCUGGUAUAGAACAUACUUUAACACAAUUGCGAGUGCGAUUUUGGAUUGUGAAAGUACGGCAUGUAGUACGGAACAUCAUCAAGUCUUGUCCAGAAUGCCGACGAAGAUUUUCUAUGCAGACAGCCGGUCAAAUGAUGGCCCUUUUACCUAAGGCGAGAUUGUAUUCGUUGCGAGCCUUCGACAGAAUUGCAAUCGAUUAUGCAGGUCCUUUUUACAAAACAAGGACGUGGUAAGAUCAGAGCGAAACGGUACUUGUGCCUGUUCACCUGCUUACCAACGAGGGCAGUCCAUCUGGAAAUGUCGUAUUCAUUAGAUACGAACUCGUUUAUCAACGCAUUUAUCCAUAUGUCUUCCAGGAGGGGGACGCCUACCUAUGUAACUAUGUUCUCACAGACAAUGGCACGGACUUUGUUGGUGCAGAACGUGAAAUGCGAGAACUGAUUGAAGCCCUCGACCACGACAAGAUCAUUCAAGGUACCAGCAAGCAUCAUCCCUUCGACUGGAAGUUUAAUCCUCCAUCUGCUCCUCAUUUUGCCGGAGUCUUUGAGGCGAUGAUUAAAAGUGCGAAGAAAGCAAUCAACGCCAUAUUGGGAGAUGGCAGAUAUCACAGACGAGGAACUACACACAGCCAUAUGCGGAGCUCAACGACUGUUGAAUUCCAGACCAAUCACAUACGUUAGCUCAGAUCCCAACGAUCUCUCACCACAUACACCGAAUCAUUUCCUCGUUGGACAAAUUGGAGGAUCAUUCGCCCCAGAAGCACUGGACCAAACAGAAGUGUACAACCCAAGAAAACGAUGGCAUCGCGUGCAACAACUGCUGCAAAAAUUCUGGAAACGAUGGAGAAAAGAAUUUCUUCCGCGUCUCAACGUCAGAAGUAAAUGGUUUCAUCCAAGACACAAUUUAAAGGAAGGAGACGUUGUGCUGAUUGCAGAACCUAAUAAGGACAUCCGCAGAGAAUAGCCUCUCGGUCGUGUAAUGGAAACCUAUCUUGGUGCAGACGGCCUUGUGAGAGCUGUAAAAGUGCAGUCAAAGAGUAUAUUAGACCUGUACAUCGCCUGUGUCCUCUUGAGUAUAUCGAAGAACAGUCGGACAGUGACGACACUUGGCAUGUUAGACAGUGAUCAAUAGUUACGAUCACGACAACCUUAUUGUAUCCUAUAGUUAUAUGCGCAUACUUGAUAUUGAACAGACGUUCGCAGACUUACAUUAUGUUCAUGUUAACAUUAUUUCGAAUGCAUUGCAUUCGGGAGGGGGAUGUUAAGGAACGAAUCGUUCCCUGUAACAUAAAGUAUUGAGACAUAUAUAACCUGCUUGCGUAAUGCGGGCGUCUUUAGUGUUGAUUUUAAGACAGCGUGUUUUGUAUUUUUUAAGUUGGGAUAGAAUAAAGUGUUAUUUCUCAUCUGUCAUAUGGUAGUGAGAUCUGGGCACCUCAAGGAUCGUCACGUGAUCUUGCGAUCAUCGAGGCUGUUCAAAGACGAGCUAGUAAAUUUAUCCUUCAGGAUUAUGAGUUGCCAUGUCCUGAACGCCUUAAAAAGCUUAAUUUAUUACCAAUAUCCUACUGGAUGGAACUAAAGGAUCUCGUCUUCUUUUUUAAAUGUAAGCACGGUCUCUUCGACCUAGAAGAUAUCUCCUCUUUCGUCACUUUUUCUUCAAACAGCUCGUCUCACACCCGUUCAAGUUCGGAGAACUUGCUUCGUGUCAAUCAUUGCAGGACUUCUCUCUUUAGGAACUCUUUUUUCAACCGAAUUGUCUUUCUCUGGAAUAAUCUCUCUCCCACCAUUCGUAAUAGUUCAUCCGUUUCCUCCUUUAAAAACAGACUAACUGUUCAUUACUCUUCUCUACUUCAUUCAUCUUUCGAUGUAAACAGAAUGCGCACUUGGAAAACCUUCUGUUCUAAGUGCCGCUCUUUCAACUUAAGCUGUUGUUCGUAAUUCGUCAUGUUUUCUGUAAAUUUUAUAUUUGUUAUCGUCUUUGAUUUAUGUUUGUUAUAGUUUGUUUUCAUUAAGGUUGGUCUUCACAUGGGGCUAUUCAUGUCCUGUUGACCAUACCUUCAACCAUAUUAUAUAGUUUUUUAGUCUAUUUUAUGUGUGGUUGUAAAGUUAAUAAAUAAAUAAUAAAUAAAUAAAUAAAUAAAUAAAUUAUACAGACUUUAAACGACCGUUCUAACAGACGAGAACAAGUUAUAAAUUUGAAAACAACACUGUGUCGCUCCUUCGUAGCAUCGUCACGCACUCUUUGUAUCAUACAAAACAACCGAGACUCGGCUGACUUGGCUCGUCAGAGCUCUUCAUUCAAACGAGAAAGACGAGGAGAUAGCCAACGUGUUAUCGCCAACCACUUGACUUCCCAGCAAGCUUUAUGAAAUAGAUCUAGAAGAAAAAGGCAAGGAGCUAUCCAACGUGUACAGUCACGGGCCUUGUACACAUGUCUAGCACAACGGUGCAAACUUGUGUUCAAUGCAGUAUUCAAUACAAUGUCAAUGAGAGCUCGAGCUCUACCAGAUCUUAGGGGCGCCAUUUGAAAAGUGAUGGGGGGCAAAAGCAAAAAUAAAAAUCGAGCAGGGGAAACAGAAAAAGAAAAAAUUGAAAAAAAAAUUUCGUGCAGAAACUUCUCAACAGGGAAAAUUCUAAGUUGACAGAGCCUAUCAGAGGUAAAGUGUAAGGGUGGCCCCCAAAUUUGAAAAAUAAAAGAAAAAUAAUUUGGAUUGUUUCUUGAGUUUCUUGAUAUAAGUCAUGGUGUGAGAAAUAUUUUUCUAAACCUAAAUGUAGCAGAUAUUGGUGCAAAAAAGCGUUUAAGAAGAAUUUGUCAGGGAAAAUGUGUUUUAAACUUUAACUGAACCGAUGUUAGUCCGGAAAAUUUUUUUGACCCUUUUUUUGUCCUGAAAAAAUUUUUACGUCCUGAAAAAAAUUUUCACCCCCCUCCUCCGGUCGCCAACAAUUUUUGGAAAAAAAAUAAAAUUCGAGCAAGGGAUCAUAAAAAAAAAAAUAAUCGACAUAUCUGUAUCAAAGCUUUAUCAAAACUGCUAUAAACACUGCUAUAACUGUGAAACUGUUGGCAUCUUAUCUAAAGUAACAUAAUUAUUGAAUACAUGCGAAAAGCUGAAAAUGACACAUGAAAAACUUGAUCUUGGGAAUAUAAAGUCAAAGGUCAAUGAGACUUGUUAUUGUGAACAUGUCACAAUUAGGUUAAAAUGCGGAAGCGGGUGCGGAACCUAGCGGAUCCACGGAGCGGAUGCGGAACGGAUAUGGGGAUAAAAUGCGGAACGGAUAUGGGGAUAAAUUGCGGAACGGAUAUGGCGAUAAAAUGCGGAACGGAUAUGGCGAUAAAAUGCGUGAAUUUAAUGAUUUUUUCGCCUCAUUUUUACGUUUCUGUGUUUUUGAUUUAUGUUUUUUUUGUUUCUAAAAUUAAAGCAAUAUUACACAGGUAAAUAAAUCAACUAGGCCUAUAUAAAUGCAGUUAACUAACAAUAUCAUGAAAUAAAAACGAAGUACAACGAACUACUGCAAUACUAUAAAUAUUUACCGUGUUCACUUUGGUCUUUGUCUUUGUACACACUUUAGAACAAAAAUAUUCAAAUUGUUCCGCACGCAAAGGAGGAGUCUUUGCCUUUUCCUGCAUCGGAUGACUUUACCACAUGUUUGAUAACAGAGAACUAUACCUCGACAUAAUUCUUGAUCAUAGAGUCUCAGCGAUAGCAAAACGGUACAUAUCACAGUAUUUGACGGGCUUUUCACAGUCGGGAGAGCAUGUUUAUUGUUUACUGUUUAGAAUUUACACACAGUUGGCGGGAUCACAAAGUCUUGCUAUUUUAUAGCAAUUCCACAUCUCUACAUAAGGAACAUCCGUUGAGUUUACGUAUCGGACAGGAUACACUUCAAACAACAGAAAGAAUCUUCGGGCCGGAAGAUUUUUACAGCGAACUGAGCGAAGCGUGCUUUCGUUGCCAAGCCUUUAUGGCCACUGAAAUCUGAUCCAACUUCUCGCUUGACUAAUGUAACCCAACACUCAAAGAUAAAGAGGAAUACGUGUGAUAAUAAAUACAAAAUAUUUCAGGAUUUCUUGUUGCAGAUUUAGAUUUUAUAGCCCGAAACUAUAACACACAAGUUGUAAUUUUGCAAGCGCAAGAAGCGCACAACUCCACCACCCCUCCCAAAGUACAACUUCAAUUUAGCACCCAGAAUCUGGGAGCCAAGCGACCAGCUAUUGCCAGGGUAUUUCCUCCAGCGAGAAGCGUAGCGGAAAGAGUCUGGGUACGAGGUUGAGACAGUCAACGGCAUAACCAUUCAACUUGGAUGGUUAUGCCGUUUAUUGUCUACUACGUAACGGAAACUGGUCGUUUCGUCCCCUUGCCGUUUCGUCCCCUUGCCGUUCGUCCCCGGUCGUUUCGUCCCUUUGUCGUUUCGUCCCCUUCAUGAUACAUUUCAAACGAACCAUUCGACUUGGAUGGUUAUGCCGUUGACUGUAUUUGGCAUAAUCUCAACUUAUAUAUACAGUCAACGGCAUAACCAUCCAAGCACAAUGGUUAUGCCGAAGACAGUCAACGGCAUAACCAUUCAACUAGGAUGGCUAUGCCGUUUACUGUCGUCAGCGCAACUAUCCAAGUCGAAUGGUUAUGCCGAAGACAGUCAACGGCAUAACCAUUCAACUUAUGUUCGGCAUAAACAUUCAACUUAGAUGUUUAUGCCGUUGACUGAUAUGUUCGGCAUAAACAUUCAACUUAGAUGUCUAUGCCGUUGAAUAUGUUUGAAUGGUUAUGCCGAAGACAAUCAACGGCAUAGCCAUCCAAGUUGAAUGGUUAUGCCGAAGACAGUCAACGGCAUAACCAUUCGACUUGGAUGGUUAUGCCGUUGACUGUAUUCGGCAUAACCAUUCAAGUUAUGUACAGUCAAUUAACGGCAUAACCAUCCAAGCUCAAUGGUUAUGCCGAAGACAGUCAACGGCAUAACCGUUCAACUUGGAUGGUUAUGCCGUUUACUGUCUACUGCGCAAACUAUCCAACUUGAACGGUUAUGCCGAAGACAGUCAACGGCAUAAGCAUUCAACUUAUGUUCGGCAUAAACAUUCAACUUAGAUGUUUAUGCCGUUGAAUAUGUCCGGCAUAAACAUUCAACUUAGAUGUUUAUGCCGUUGAAUGGAUAAGAAUCAAUCAUGGAGAACAGUCGUGUCAAUUUGAGCUCCGCAAAUUCAAGCCAAAUUCUGGCAAAUUCAUUGUUGGAUUUUAUGAGUGAAAGUGUUAAGAUACCUACAAAUAGUGUGGAAAGUAAAGUACUUUCAUCUCUUGUUUUUAUUGACGAAAGCGGUUGCUGCUGGAAAGGCAAUUUAGCUCAAUUAAAGAAUUUCGUACAAAAUGACUUAAAGUUAAUCGGCAAAUGGUCAUCGCCUGGCGGUGAAACGAAGUUAUUUAAGAACACGGAGAUUAUCCUUAAAUGGACUGGGCAAACUCGAAAGAAGCUGAUAAUUGAAAAAGACAGCGAAGUAAAUCUCGUGGCGAACACGCUAAAACGUUUAUGCAAUGGUGAUGUGUUUUGCUUAGAUACAGCAACGGCGUGUAAAGAGUCGAUUGAUGACAAAGCUAAGCAAUCUGUAGCGACUGACUCUGAAUUUUCAACUAUAUGGGUGGCAAUAAAUGGGAUUCAAGACGUGGUGACGGCCAAAUUGGAAGAAGUAACAUUAGCCCAUGACAACAAACUUAUAAGAAUAGAAGCUGAGGUAUGUAAAGUACGAUCUAAUUACGAAAGGAAAAUUGAAAAUUUGAAUAAUAAAUGUCAUGAAUUAUUGCUUAAACUUGAAUGUAAGAAGGCGCUCGAAGAUAAAGUAAAUAAACUUGAAGUUUUGGUUGGCAAUCUUAAAGCCGAUAUACAGGAUCUACGAAAUGAGAAUGGUUUGUUCAAAUUGAAGCCACGGUUGUUUAAAAACUCCACGCCUAAAGUACAACAAAAAAACACCGGGAACAAUGACCUAGACUUAAUUGGUACAAUUAACAUUCCUGAUGAACCGAUAACUAUUGUUGAUAAACAACCCCAGGAUUUAAAUAAAAAUUUAGAGUUAAACACCUCUCUCUCAGUUAGCAAUAAGACUUCUCGGGCCGACAAAGGAUCGGUGUACAAUCCUCAGAUGAAUUCAGUUAUUGAAUGUAUUGAGGCAAGAAAUCAACCUAGAAGCAAUCCACCGAGAGGGCCACGUACGAGCAAUGUUUCCAAACGUAAUUCCGCUAUUCCCAGCCAUCCUUUGCCCAAGCACUUGGUACCUUGCCCAUUUCUAAGACGGAGAGGCUUUUGCCUAAAGGGUCCCUUGUGUGACUUCCAGCACAAAGAUUCUCAAUCGUCUAAUAAUCCAACCAAUAAUUCGUCGAAUAACCCGUUCUAUUGUUCGUCCAAUAAUCGACCAAGAGUGUCCAAUAACCUACAGCGAUACCCUCAUAACUUGGGCUAUACAUCUUAUCCAAAUAUAUUCACAACCUAUUACUAA